AUGGAGCUCAGUCCUCUCCCUGUGAUGUUCUUGCUGAUUUUACUUCUAUCAGUGCCAUGUGCUCAAGAGACACCACGCGCAGUACUGACUGUAUCUCCACAAAGCUGGCUGCCUGAAGGAGAGUCAGUGACUCUAAGCUGUGAGGUUACAGACUCCUUUACAGACUGGACAUUCAGCUGGUACACAACUGUUCCCUACAGAAACAGUGCUGGCCAGAUUACAUAUAAAGAAAUACUACUCUCAAACAGCAACAAAGGAUCUCGAGGCUCCUACACUCUUAGCUCUGCUGCUCUUAAACAUACAGGAGUUUACACAUGCAGUGCAGAGAGAGACGGACAACAACUUAAGACAGAUCACAGCCUACCACAGCCACUAUGGAUUACUAGUGAAUCUCCAUCAGUCUCUUUGAUCAUCAAUCCCAACAGAGCUCAACACUUUACUGAUGACUCUCUCACACUGAGCUGUGAGGACGAGAGUAACUCUACUGGAUGGAUAGUGAGACGAUACAUACUAAGGGCUGGAGUGCUAGACUGUUCACGAUGGGAAUCAUUUACACGAUCUACAUGUAAAAUUAGCCUCCUCUCCAAAUCCCACACUGGAGUUUACUGGUGCGAGUCUGAAUCUGGAGAAAACAGUAAUCCUGUCAACAUCACAGUGAACGCUGGUGAUGUGAUCCUGGAGAGUCCUGUCCAUCCCGUAACUGAGGGACAUCCUCUGACUCUACGCUGUUUAGAUCGCAACACAAAUCUCCGAGCUGUUUUCUAUAAAGAUGGAUCAGUUCUCCAGACACAGACUACAGGAGAGAUGAUCGUCCACGAUGUCUUAAAGACAGAUGAGGGUUUCUACCACUGUAAAUACCCAGGGAGAGGAGAGUCACUGAAAAGCUGGGUCUCAGUCAGAGGGAGACAUAAAGCUAGAAUAUACAUAACACCUGAUAAACAUGUGUCCAGAGGAGAGAGACUUACUCUCAGAUGUGCCAUAAAAGGAGGAGGAGACACUGAGUGGACAUACACCUGGUAUAAGAAUAAAAACAGACUUUACUCAGCAGGAGAAGACAGAGUCUACACAGACAGCACAAUGCAGGAGAUCAGUAUCAGGUCUGUUAGAGACUCUGACAGUGGUGUCUACACCUGCAGAGGACAGAGACGUUACUCUCAACGCUCAGAGAUCAGUGAUGCUGUUACACUGACUGUAUCAGAGACACUACACCCAGUACUGAGUGUAUCUCCACAGAGCUGGGUGACUGAAGGAGACUCAGUGACUCUCAGCUGUGAGGUUAAAGAGUCAUCUACAAACUGGACAUUCAGCUGGUACACAACUGUUCCCCACAGAGACAAUAAUGGAAAUAUCAGCUAUAAAGCUGUACCCUUUUUAGACAGCAGUAUAGGAUCUGGAGGCUCCUUCACACUCAGUUCUGCUGUUAUUGAACACACAGGAGUUUAUAUGUGCAGAGGAGAGAGAGGAGAACCAGCAUUUUACACACACUACAGCAAUCCACAGCCACUAUGGAUCACUGGUGUAGAAGCCCAAUUCUGAGUGCUCAUGCUAAUAAGUAGUGUAGUGACGGCCUCUCCAUAUCUGCUGGUCACCAUCAUUUUGCUGCUCAAAUGUUACAGAGCUCGAGCUCAAACUGAUGGGGAGAGAAUCGAGAAUGCAGUCAUAGAGGAGUGAGCAGAGUCGCUGUAUAAAAAGAGGAUGCAGUGCAUUUUGUAGAGCAUUUUCUUAAAUGAUUAGAGGGAUUUUAUGAUAACUUUGAUUUCUUGCUUUGAUGUCAUGCUGGAGACACUGUCUUAGUUUCUCAUUCGUCAUUGUACAAACACAUGCCAUUCUUUGUAUUCACCCUCACCUUGUCUUGACUAAUUAGAUAGUCUAUUUGUAGCCUGCUUUUGAGGUUUGUUUCUGUCCUGUAGCUGUUGUCUCUACAGAUCAUCUCUCUUCACUUUUUUUUGGUUUACUGUUCCUGUAAUCUGUUUAAUACACUGUUUCUUUGACAUUGAUGCUGUUAUUGCUGUAGUUUGUAUAUAUGUAUCUACUGUUCUUGUUAGAACUAGCUUGAUAAUUAGCAUUAGCCUUUGUUUUAUUUUUAAUCAUAGCUGUAGUCUGUAGAAUCAAUACAGUAGUUUCAAUGUUGCUGUUUAUAUUUCAGGUUGGUGUUUGAGAAUGCUAAAACUCCACCUCAAUAAUCAUCUGCACUUGUUAGUGCAAAGGGUAAAAAUAAUUAUCCUAAUAUUGAAGAAAAAAAAAAAAAACUUUCUAAUGUUUUAAAGUGUAAGGUUCACCCGUGCUUCUGAUUGAUGACCUGGAUAAAUGUAAAUUUAUGUGAAUAUAAAUGUGUAAAUGUGUCUGCAUUAAAAGUAGUCCAUAAAAAUCUUUAAAUAUUUUUUUAUAUUAUCGAUA